CGAGGUCAAGGGUUACAGUACAUGCCAAGUAAAAAUGGCUGCCGAUUUGGCACAAUUCGAUUUAUUACUUCAGUCUCUUUUGAGCCCUGAUAACAACACAAGAACACAAUCAGAGCAAGCCUAUGAGGGUAUCCCAAUCCCAAGUCGACUGGAGUUUCUCAUCCGAACUGUACGAAACGCAGACACCUCCAUUGAGACAAGAAGCUUGGCAAAUGUACUCCUGCGACGUUUGUUCACAUCCAAUUUUGAAGAGUUUUGGCCCCAAGUGACGGAAGACCUUAAAAAUGCCAUCAAGAAGGAAAUGCUGCUCGCUGUCCAAGAAGAGUUAACUCCCCCUGUCAGGAAAAAAGUCUGUGAUGCUCUGGCUGAGCUGGCCAGGAAUAUGAUCGAUGAGGAAAACAACAUGCUGUGGCCGGACUUCCUCAAGUUUCUGUUUGAGUGCGCCAACUCACAGGACCCUGGCUUGAGAGAGAGCGCUCUACACAUAUUCACUGUGGUCCCGGGAGUAUUUGGGAACCAACAGGCUCACUACAUUGAGGUCAUCAAACAGAUGCUCGGGCAGAGUCUUCUGGACAGGGAACACCCUCAGGUGCGGUUUGAAGCAGUCAAGGCAACUACAGCAUUCCUCAAUGCCAAUGACAAGGAGCAGGGCCUGUUGAACCACUUCCGGGACCUGUUGCCCGGGGUCGUGCAGGGCGUUGUGGAGAGUGUGAACCAACAGGAAGAUGAUGCGCUACUCAAGUGUAUGAUCGAGCUGGCGGAGAACGUUCCCAAGUACCUGCGGCCCCAACUGGAGAGCAUCAUCCCCUUGUGUCUCAAGGUUGUAUCAGAUGCCAAUUUACCUGACUCUUGGCGCCAGCUUGGUCUGGAGGUCAUCACAACUCUUUCAGAAACGGCACCAGCCAUGGUCAGGAAGUUCAGCAAAUUUAUUCCUCUACUAGUGCCCCAGGUUCUUGCGCUGAUGGUUGACCUGGAGAAUGAUCCUGAUUGGUCAGUGCAAGACAAAGAUGAAGAUGAGGACGAGGCUGACAGCAAUGCCAUCGCGGGUGAGAGUGCUCUCGACAGGCUGGCAUGUGCCCUGGGGGGUAAGACGAUGCUGCCACACAUCGUCACGAACAUCUCUCAGAUGAUGGCUCACGACGACUGGCGGUACCGGCACGCGGCGCUCAUGGCUAUAUCCGCAUGUGCCGAGGGCUGUCAUCUACAGAUGGAGACAAUGCUAGGAAACAUCAUGGAUGCUGUCAUGCCACAAACAAAGGACCCUCAUCCGAGGGUGAGGUACGCUGCAUGUAAUGCUAUUGGGCAGUUGUGUACAGACUUUGGUCCAACGUUUCAGAAAAAGUUCCACCAGCGGAUUGUAUCUGAGCUGCUGCUGAUCAUGGACGAUGAGGCUAACCCUCGUGUGCAGGCGCACGGUGCUGCGGCCCUCGUCAACUUCAGCGAAGACUGUCCAAAGCAUAUACUAGUAACAUACCUCGAUGUCAUUGUUAACAAGCUGGAACAGGUCCUCACAAGCAAACUGAAAGAACUGUUGGAGAAGGGUACUAAGCUUGUAUUAGAACAAGUUGUCACAACACUAGCGUCUGUGGCGGACACAGCGGAGGAGAAGUUCCUACAGUAUUAUGAUAGGUUUAUGCCGUGUUUGAAGUACAUCGUUCAGAACGCCACGACGACAGAGUUACGCCUGCUGCGAGGGAAGACCAUUGAGUGCAUCAGUCUUAUAGGGUUGGCUGUUGGAAGGGAGAGGUUCAUGCAGGACUGUAACGACGUGAUGCAGCUGCUGCUGAAGACGCAGAUGGACCAGGAGGAAAUGGCGGAUGACGACCCACAGAUAUCUUAUAUGAUCUCGGCAUGGGCAAGAAUGUGCAAGAUAUUAGGGAAGGAUUUCCAGCAGUACCUGCCCCUUGUGAUGGGGCCAGUGCUCAAGGCAGCCUCGCUAAAACCUGAGGUCGCGGUUGUCGAUAGUGAAGACAUGAAGGCUAUGGAGAAUGACUCGGACUGGCAAUUUGUCACUCUCGGGGAUCAGCAAAGUUUUGGUAUUCGGACGGCGGGUCUGGAAGAGAAGGCGACGGCCUGUCAGAUGCUGGUGUGCUAUGCCAGGGAGCUGGAUGAGGCAUUUGCUCCAUACACAGAGGAGGUUGUCAAGACGCUAGUACCGCUCCUCAAGUUCUACUUUCACGAUGAUGUUCGGAUUGCUGCGUCGGAGAGCCUGCCGUUCCUGAUCGGAUGUGCCAGUAUACGUGGACCAGAAUACCUUGCCCAGAUGUGGGACUUCAUUUGUCCGAACUUGCUCAAAGCCAUCGAGAUCGAGCCGGAGCAAACAGUCCUGCCAGAACACCUCAACUCCUUAGCGAAGUGUGUGGAGAAGCUGGGCAAGGGUUGCCUGACGGACGAGUACAUGAAACAGCUGGUGCAGUCUAUAGACAAACUGCUGAAGGAUCACUCGUCAAGGCAGGAGGAGCGACAAGAGAAGCGAAAGGAUGAAGACUAUGAUGAACAAGUGGAAGAAUCUCUGUUGGAUGAGGAUGACGAAGAUGUAUAUAUACUCAGCAAGGUAUCCGACAUCAUCCAUUCCUUCUUCGGGACACACAAAGAAGCCUUCUUGCCGAUAUUUGAACAGAUCAUGCCACAUUUUGUCAAACUGUUGAACCCAGCUCGGUCGUGGCCGGACAGACAGUGGGCGCUGUGUGUGUGGGAUGACGUGCUGGAGCACACUGGACCUAUCUCCAUCAAGUACCAGGAGUUCUUCCUGAGAAACAUGCUGGAUUCCCUGGUGGACAAGAGCACGGAGGUGCGGCAAGCUGCAGCCUAUGGCAUUGGAGUCAUGGCUCAGUUCGGGCAGGACGUGUAUGCUGAUGCUUGUGCUGAGGCAGUUCCGAGGCUAGUCCAGAUGAUCGAAAAUCCAGAAUCCAAAUGCUCAUCAAAUGUGAACGCGACAGAAAAUGCCAUAUCGGCAGUGACUAAAAUAUGCAAAUAUAAUGCUUCCAAAGUAAAUGUGGAGGAGCUGAUCCCUCGAUUCAUCUUCUGGCUCCCUGUGACGGAGGAUGAGGAUGAAGCCGUUCACAUAUAUGGCUACAUGUGCGACCUGCUCACAUUGAACCACCCAGGCAUGCUGGGAGAGAACAGUCAGAACUUGCCGCGGAUAGUGGCAAUCAUCGCAGAGUCAAUAUAUAAAGAGGUCAUUGAACCGUCACAAGCCGUCUUUGGAAGGAUGCUGCAGAUUGUGAAUCAAGUGAAGGCCAAUGAGGAGGUGUUCCAGGCUUGCGUGGGAGCUUUGUCACAAGAACAGCAGGAAGCUUUAUCUGUUGCACUAUCUAAAUGCUGAUUGGCUAGUUCCAACUUUUCCUUGACCAAUCAGAAAAGCACUUGUGUGAAUUGCAUACCUUUGAGGGCAUUUUGGAAUGAUUCUUGUGGGCUGUGAUUGGCCAGUUUGACUUUCUUUGAAUAGCCAAUCAGUGCAGUGCUUGUUUCCCAAGACUAUUUGAAGGCGUCUUACAGCAUCAGACAGACUCAUUGUGAUGAAGUUGUGUAUCAACUUGUUGCUUUCUUCAGCAUUUCACACUUGUGGAUGUAGAGCAACAGUCCUUGGGUAGAUUUUCUGCUAAACUGACGGAAGAUGUGUUAUGGCUUGUGUACCAAUCUGAAGACUAGCUAUUUGCUUAAGAGGAGAACAAUUUCUGCUUACAUCCGCGCCAUGGGAUUGUUCCUAGUUGUGUGAGACAGCUGCCGUAGGCUUGGUAGACAACAGUUGUAGGAUAAAGCGUGUUUCUAUAACAUCCUUAUUAAGAAUUCUCGAAACAUUGCACUUUCUUGAGGAGAUUACAUUGGAUCUAAUUUUGAAUUUUCCAUUCUAUGUAAAAAUUGAGAAAGAAACUGAAUUGUUUAUUCAGAUUUCUAAUAUGUUGACACGUUAUUUGUUUCAGUGUGAAAUAUUUAAUGUAUAUUUUCUUGAAGCUAUAUUAAAUUUAUUGUACAGAUCCUUGAACAUUGUAAAUGUUUUGAAUAUUCUGCAUUUGUGACGCAUGUCGUUGGGACAUGAAGUGAGAUUUCAGAACAGCAUCUUGUUGUACAGAGUUUUUGAUGUAAUAGCUGUGCAUAAUGCUUACUUGUGUUCAUGGAACUAACUUUAAAGAAGACCUGCUCAGAUCUCCAGUCCAUGGCCGAACCUCUCGUAUAGAGUGCUCAAUUCCGUUGUGGCAGGGUAGGCCAAAGAGGUUAUCUUCAGGGGCACGACUUAAUUGAUUAAUAAGGGGCGGUCGGGUAGCCUAGUGGUUAAAGUGUUCGCUCAUCACGCCGAAGACCCGGGUUCGAUUCCCGACAUGGGUACAAUGUGUGAAGCUCAUUUCUGGUGUCCCCCGCCGUGAUAUUGCUGGAAUAUUGCUAAAAGCGACGUAAAACCAUACUCACUCACUCACUAACUAAUUGAUUAAUAUUUAGAAGUUAUUGAUCGGUUCAUAGCCGACAGUGAAAUCACGUGAAUCUUAUUUGGCAAAAGUCUUCAAACGAACAAAAUAUGGGAUUUCAUACACAAGGUCAUGGUUGCUCCUGGUCUACACUAACACACACAUCCUUUUCAAUAUCACCUUGUUCUUUAAAUACAAACCUGUCUUUAUGCAAUCUAUUUUUUGUUUUCAAGAUCGGCAGAAUCAUCCCUGCUUGGUGCAUUUUUUGUCCAUUUUAUUUUGUCGGUGGCUUACAGCCUAUAUUAAAUUAUUAAAACGAUCAUCACAUGACUACAUAACUCUGAUUGUGAUAAUGAUGGACCAGGUUUCUGAAAUACGAUUCCAGGAGAAAAUAUAAUAUUUAAAAAUUGCUAUAGGCCGACUAUUUCCUGAAGGGUAUGGAUGGUAAGACAAGGUAGUUGACUCUUGUGGCAGAAUCAGCUCAUCAAGUCUUUACCCUGAUCAGGGGCGGUUGGGUAGACUAGUGGUUGUAGCGUUCGCUCGUCACGCCGAAGACCUGGGUUCAAUUCCCGAUAUGGGUACAAUGUGUGAAGCCCAUUUCUGGUGUCCCCUGCCAUGAUAUUGCUGGUAUAUUGCUAAAAGCGUGUUAAACCAUACUCACUCACUCACUCACCCUGAUCAUGAUCCUUGGGUUGCCAGCACCACGUCCCUGCUUGUGGGUGUCGCUGAAGUGAUUAACAUCAGUGGCCAUCAUCAAGUGGGGUUUCCUUCCACAACUGCACAACCAACCAGUGAUAUGACAAAUACUGCACAAUUAAGGAUUGACUAGUUAUUAUUCUCUUGUGAAUCAGUCCCCAGUAUCCGGGUGUGAGUUAUCACCCUUGAUAAGUUGAGGGUCAAGGUCUUUAGAUCUGAAGUCCUGUGUCAUUCUUGUUAUAGUAGCUUAAGGCAUAGAACUUCCAUUCUUCAAGUUGUUCCGCAUAAAGAACCUUUUUCCCAAAUCGUAAGUGAUGUCUGUGCUAAUGAGAUGGGGAAUUGCAUGGUAACAGCAAGUUAUGUCAUUAAACUGACCCUCCUUUUCAUUUAAUAGGCUAACUAGAGCAGUGUUGCAGUAAGUUUUGUAUGAGGUUGUUUUUGAAGGUAAAUAUAUCCCACUGGAAAUGCAUGGUGAUAAGUUCUAACAUCUAACUGGUGUUUUUCUAAUUGUGUGUCUUUUAGGAAACAGAGGCUACUCCCCGUUUUUGCAAGCAAUUAUCUAGUUUUCUGUACAUCCUCUAUUAAGGAAUCGGAAGUGUUUCCUGGAAUGGUUUUGGGCAAACUGAUUAGUCUUGGCAUCUGGAAACUUGUAUUUCCAAACAAAUUGCAUAAGUUUGGGGCUACAAUCAAUAAAAUUCGCUCAAUUCAACAUUAUUAUCUUUCAUGCUUGUGCAUUGUUAAGACUGGUAUGUAUUCUUACAAUAUGAUUUAUAUUUGUGCACACUUCAAAAUUCAAUCUUGUCCGGAGGCCAGGGUAGACCCUGUUGUCUAAGGCACAGCAUUUCAGUGUAGAGGGUUGCGUUCCCAGGAAUGUCGGAAACCUAUGAUUGUAGGUUGGAAUCUUCAUUCACCCGGAUUGUUUCUUCGUUUGUCAGCACCAUACCCCUGCUCAUGGGUUUCACCAAAGUGGUACACAUCUCUUCCCUCUUUCCUCCCACAUUAGACUGACAAGCCGUGAUAUUCCGGGACUGGAAUAUUGUUCAAAAUGGCAUUAAAAACCAAUUCACUCACUCACUCAAUCUUGUCUGAUAGCCCGAGACUACCAAAUUGUGCUGAGGUCAUGUAAAUAUCCAGUGAUUGUAGUCUUCAUUGAAGAGAAGCAUUUGAGGGCUAUAAUUCUCAAAGCAUCACUUUUGAUACAAGUUUGAACUGAAUAAAAGGCAGAAAAUGUAAACAGUAAACAUUUUACUCAUGUUCAAGCAGGACUUGGUAGAACUCUUAGGACUUGUGAAAUUUUAUAUUAUUUUUUAUUAUUAUUUUUAUUUUCACUUCUUUAUUCAUCUCAGCAGGUACAGCAUUUAUAUAUACAUGUCAUGUCAAUAUAGGACUUAUGAAAUAGGAAGACAAAUUUCUAAGGCUGCUGUUAGAAUAUGUGAUUCUUUUACUAUUAUAUUUCUUUCCACUUUCAUUUUUCUCAGAGGCCUUCAAAAAUUAGCAACUGAUUAUUGCUUGUUUGAAUCUUUUUUUCUGUAAUAUAUGGGAGUGUGGAUACUAUUUUAUUUUAAACAUUUUCUGAAGUGUAAAUUAUUACAUAUUUGUAUGGAUGUCUGUAUAAACGUAUGUAUAGAUUCUGUUUGGAUUUUGGAAGAGUUAUUCCCCUUUGUCUGCAUUUCACUGAUGCAUUGGUAGUUGGAUGUUCAACUUGAGUGAAUCAUUUUAUUCUAUAGCAGUUUCACCAGUGGCUGAAUAUGAAGUAAGGAAGCAUCAGCUAGCUUGCAGUAUUUGUGUUGUAGUUUCUUGUAUCAUAUGUACAGCUUCGCAAAAUUACUUAAAAAUGAGGAGCAUUUUAAGGUUAAUUGUUAAAUUAUUUUAUGAGGAAUUUAAUUUUGUACAGAAGUCUCGAAUAUGAAAUAUUUGAAAAAGAAAUACUCUGUUAUUCUCUAACUUUAUUGCUGAACUGACGAUUGUAUCAAAGUAUCUCAGAUGCUGAAUUGAUCAAAACUGUCAAUUAUGCUGAACUGUGCACUGUUACAAUGUUCAACAGUAUCUAGUGUACUGAACUGCUCAUUGUUGCAAUGAUGAACACAGUAUUUAGUAUGUUGAACUGUUCAUUGUUAGUAUGUUCGACAUAUUGAGUACUGAACUUUGCACUGUUACAAAGAUCAGCACAGAUCUAGUAUGCUGAACUGUGCACUGUAACAAUGAUCAACACACCAUCAUAGAUACUGUAGCAGAGAUGAUAUCUGAUCGCUUGGUUGUACAUGAAAAUAAUUAAUAAACAUUUUAUUGAGGACAUCUGGAUGUUGCCUUUGGUGGUUGUCACCUUGUUUCCACCGAGCAAAAUAUUUUUGAACUGAUUAUCAAGAGGGGGGAGGGAGCCAUUUAUAAAAACAAACUACCUAUCUUUUUAGCAGUUUUGACAGCAUUACUACUACUGCUGUUGCCACCACCCCAUACAGAGUAUGGAAGCCUGUUACUGUGUUACCGUGGCAAUUAAUACAACUGCUAUACCUGCUUGGUUCUCCAAUAAAAAUCCCAGUUCAGUUA